CUCUUCUCCUUCUUCGUCCUUCUUUCUCUCUCUUCAGUCUUCACCUUCUACGUUUAGGGUUUCUGGGUGUGGAACUCAGUCCACAGUGUUCUUAAUUUUCUCGAUUUGCGCUCAAUAAUCGCAAUCCAUGAGAGAAAUCUAAUCUCUUUUCAACUCGCAUUCUCCUUCCGAGUCUGCUUUGCUCUGUUUUCUUUCUCAAUCUCGUAGUUUUUUUUUUGUUUUUAAUCUUCUGUAGCGUUGCGACUCGAACAGUAUCUUAGAUUAUUAGCGGGGUUAAUUCAUGGCCAAGACUAAACCAGGGAAGAAAGAUCUUGAUUCAUACACCAUCAAAGGCACCAACAAAAUUGUUCGACCUGGUGAUUGUGUGUUAAUGCGACCGUCCGACUCCGAUAAGCCUCCAUACGUUGCUCGCGUUGAGAAAAUUGAAGCUGAUCAUCGCAACAAUGUGAAGGUUCGGGUUCGGUGGUAUUAUCGGCCGGAAGAAUCAAUUGGAGGACGAAGGCAGUUCCAUGGUGCUAAAGAGCUUUUUCUCUCGGACCAUUUUGAUGUUCAGAGUGCUCACACUAUAGAGGGAAAAUGCACGGUGCACUCUUUUAAAAAUUAUACCAAACUUGAUAAUGUUGGUGCAGAGGACUACUUUUGCAGAUUCGAGUACAAGGCUGCCACUGGCGGUUUCACACCAGACCGUGUAGCUGUGUAUUGUAAAUGUGAGAUGCCAUACAACCCAGAUGACCUUAUGGUUCAGUGUGAGGGAUGCAAAGAUUGGUUUCAUCCAUCAUGCAUGGGAAUGACCAUUGACGAAGCAAAGAAGUUGGAUAACUUUUUGUGUUCAGAUUGUUCCUCAGAAAAUGAUGCGAAAAGGUCCUCGAAUGCAUUUCCAGUAUCACCUUCUGCUGAGGCUAAGGUGGAACCAAAGCGUCGGAAGAGAUGAUUGGCUGAUGAAGGUUCAUGGAAGUGACAAGGAGGUGCGAUUUCCUGCGCCUUUAGUUUCUGUUAAUGUCGAUGUUGUGGAAAUGUACAGUGAAGAUAAGAUAUUGUGCUCGCACAAACCAGAGGUUCUUUUUUUUAAAACUACAAUGUUCAAAUACAUUUACGUGUGCUAAACCAGCGGGGCAAUACUGUGAUCUGUGUUUGUAGUCGUGGCUGCACGAUGCGAAAAACUGCGGUUAAUUUAUUUAAGUGCUUAACUUUGAGAAACAUUUGCACGGAAGUAGAAAGACGUAGGACAGAAAGUGUCUGGAUUUGUUGUAAUUUGCUUAGUUCUGGCUUUUCUUCA